AUGCCAACGCGCAGAAGGAAGAGCAAAUUAUUAAAGCACAGUGCAGGAUUGGCCAUUGUGUCGAAGAAAAUACUUAGGGUUUCACAAGUUGCAAGUGAAAGGGGAGUUAGAAUUUUACAUUCUAUUUCGAAAUUCUCUGCAACUCAUCGAGUUCUUCAAGAAAUGUUGCAGAUUGGUGCAGUGACAAAGUUGUCUCUCGUGCUUCAAGUUAAUUGUGGAGCCAAAACAAUGAAGACAGCUGGAGCCAUACUUAAACUGCAUGCAAGAUCAUGGAAGAGCUCACCAUGUGUGCCCAUGGAGUUGUUUGAUUCUUAUCCAUCUAGAUUUAGUGAUGGAAUUAGGGGAUAG